UUACAGAAAGAUUUGGAAGAGGUUAAAGAAUUGCUUACGAAAGCCACGAGGAAGCGACUUCGUGAUGUCCUAAUGACAGAGAAACACAAACUAGAGCUAGAAAUCAAGAAUCAGCCCCCACCGAAGCCAAAAGAUGCAGGAGAGGAAGAGAAGUCGUCACUGGGGGGCUACACAGUGAAAAUAAACAAUUAUGGUUGGGAUCAGUCAGAUAAGUUUAUUAAGAUUUACAUCUCUUUAAAUGGAGUCCAGAAGCUUCCAGCUGAGAAUGUGCAGGUGAAUUUCACAGAGAGGUCGUUUGAUCUGCUAGUGAAGAAUCUGAAUGGGAAGAAUUACACCAUGACCUUCAACAACCUCCUGAAACCCAUCUCUGUGGAAGGCAGCUCUAAAAAGAUAAAGACAGACACGGUCCUUGUGAUGUGUAGGAAGAAGCGGGAGGAAAAAUGGGAAUGUCUCACUCAAGUGGAAAAAGAAAGCAAAGAGAAAGAGAAGGCUGCCUAUGACACCGCAGAUCCUAGUGAAGGGCUUAUGAACCUUCUAAAAAAGAUGUAUGCGGAAGGGGAUGAUGAAAUGAAGCGCACCAUCAACAAGGCCUGGGUUGAAAGCAGAGAAAAGCAAUCCAAAGGGGACAUACCAAUGGAUAUUUGAAAGUAUUCUUAGGGGCGCCUUAAUACUGAUCUUCCAUGUGAGACACGCUGUGCUGCAAAGAUCAUUGUUUACACAACCUUCUUCCAAGCAAAGACAGUCAUUUUCCAUUUCAGGUUGGAGAAAAUAUUUAAAUAAAAUAGCUUAUAAAGCA